AUGACAUCCCCCUGCGGCCAGUGGUUGCUCCCCGCACGCACGCCGCUGCCGUGCCGUGUGAGGCCAGGGCGUGUGAGCGUGCGCGGAGGCGGCGGGCCGGGGGCUGCGUUACGCCAUGCCUCACAAGAAGAAGAAGCCCUUCAUAGAGAAGAAGAAGGCGGUAACGUUUCACCUAGUGCACAGAAGCCAGAGGGACCCCCUUGCUGCUGAUGAUUCCGCCCCGCAGAGGGUCCUGCUGCCUGCCCACAGGGACCACGAGGAGCAGAGAAGGGAGGAGCAGCGGAAAUACGGAGUCUUUUUUGAUGAUGACUAUGACUAUUUGCAGCAUUUGAAAGAAGCAUCUGGCCCCUCUGAGCUUGUCCCUUCUUUCUGUGGACAGCAAAGCAGAAUUGUCAUCACAAGUGAGGGUCGCAUAGAGGAUGAAAUUCAACGAAUUGCUGCUCCAUCUAUUAAAUUGCCUUCCUCAGUAUUUGCUUCUGAAUUUGAAGAGGACGUGGGCCUGCUAAAUAAAGCAGCUCCUGUUUCAGGACCACGGCUGGAUUUUGACCCUGAUAUUGUUGCAGCUCUUGAUGAUGAUUUUGACUUUGAUAAUCCAGAAAAUGUUCUGGAAGAUGAUUUUGUUCUACAAGCAAACAAACUAAAGGAAGGGAGAUCAGAUGCUGAGGAUGAAGAUGAAUGGGAAGAUGUGGAGGAUGAUAGUGAUGAAAAGGAUAGUUGCAGUAACGAUGAAGAUUAUGAUUCAGAAGGCCCUUUGUCAAAUGAUGGGGUUAAUGACCAGGGAAGAGAGUUCCUGUUUAUGCAGGAAGAAACCAGGAGUCGUUUCACAGAAUAUUCUAUGACAUCUUCAGUAAUGAGAAGGAAUGAGCAGUUAACCCUCUUGGAUGACAGAUUUGAGAAGUUUUUUGAACAGUUUGAUGAAGAUGAAAUUGGAGCCUUGGAUAACGUGGAAUUAGAAGGCUAUAUUAACACAGACAACGCUCGGUUGGAGGAAGUCUUGAGCGAUUUCUACAAAGAGAAAGCAAAGAAUUGUGUGAAAUUGGAUGCUCUCGAACCGUUUGAAGACACUCCUGCAAGUGAAGACAGUGAUGAAGAGAAAGAAGAAAGAGUAGCUCUGGUUAUCGAGGAACCAAAAGAAAAGUGGGAUUGUGAAUCAAUUUUGAGUACAUAUUCAAACUUGUAUAAUCACCCAAAGCUUAUCGAGGAGCCAUCAAAGCCAAAACCAAUAAAAAUUUCCUCAAAGACUGGAAUUCCUCUGCACGUCCUGCCUCAGAAAGGUCUUACUGCUAAGCAGGUGGAACGCAUGCAAAUGAUUAAUGACAGUGACCUGCCAAGAGCAUCCACACAGCCCCGCUCCAAAGAUGAGAGCAAAGAGGACCGCAAAGCCAGGAAGCAGGCAGUAAAAGAGGAGCGGAAGGAACGCAGAAUGGAGAAGAAAGCCAACAAGAUGGCCUUCAAAUUGGAGAAAACAAGGCAAGAAAAAGAGUUGCUCAAUCUGAAACAAAACAUGCAAGGGCUGAAGCUGUCUUGAAAUUCAGGAACUUUCAUUGUGGAAACAUUGAUUUCAUCUGUACUGAGAAGGAAUUGCUAACUGAUAAGAUUUGCCAGGCAUGCACAAAGGGGGCUAAUGGUAUUUGGUACAGCAGUAUCUGGCUUGUCAUUCUUCUGAAGUUAUACCUUAAAUAGUGAAUUAAUGUCUCUCUUGUCGUGUGUCAAAUGUCACGGCAACUGCUGCAAACUUUUGUUACCCUAGAAAUGUAUUAAAAUUUUAAAAUAUAUUUUUCUUAUAAACUGUCACUGAGGAGAAAGUGUCACGUGUUGAAUGCAUUCAGCACUUCAGAAAAAUCCUGCAGAUUUGAUCUGAUUCUUCCAUUAAAAUAUUUGAGUCUGUACAGA